UUCCUGUGGUGGAGAAAAAGAGGUAGUGAGUGAGUGCAGUGCUGUGAGCGUGGCAGGCAGCUCGCUGCACUCCUCCUUUCUCUCCCUGCCGGGGAUGCUCCGAGGGCUUGUGCUGCAGCCUCAAGGAGGGGCUUCUUCCAGGCUGAUGGUCCUGGGUUUCGGGGACUACCUGUGACAGCAGCACGAGGCAUGCUGGGAAAACCCAAACACCUGGGCGUCCAAAAUGGCAGAAUGGGCCUGGCAGUAUCUGAUGGGGCAUUGAACAGCUCUGGUGCCCGGGGCAGUAAUAACAGCGUGGACAGCCUGCCAAGCACUCAAGGUGUUGCUCAUUCUGUAGGGCAAUCUGUAGCCCGUUGGGCUGAGUCCUUUGAAAUGCUGCUGCAGGACAAACUUGGUGUUGACUACUUCACUGAGUUCCUGAAGAAGGAGUUUAGUGCUGAGAAUGUUUAUUUCUGGCAGGCCUGUGAACGGUUUCAGCAGAUCCCAGCUAACAGCACUCAACAGUUGGCCCAGGAGGCUAGGAGGAUCUACGAUGAGUUUUUGUCAAGACAUUCGGUGAACCCAGUCAACAUUGACAGACAAGCCUGGAUUGGUGAGGAGAUGUUGGCUACUCCCACCCCAGACAUGUUUAAUGUCCAGCAACUCCAGAUCUUCAACCUGAUGAAAUUUGACAGCUAUGCACGUUUUGUCAAGUCUCCACUGUAUCAGGCAUGUGCAAAAGCUGAAAGCCAAGGGCAGCCCUUGCCAGAACUGGGGCAUCAGUCCCGAAGCGGCAGCCCCCAAAGUGACCAUGGCAAGAAAACAAAACUAAAGACAGGGAAAUCACUGCCACUGGGUGUGGAAGUAGCGGGCAAUGUGAUUGGCAGAAGUCCUCGGAGAUCCUUCCGAAAAGGAGACCGGAGGGAACGUCUCUGGGGAGAGGAGAGAAAUGGCAGUGAGGGGUCAUCACAGUGGCGUGAAUCUCAAGGUUCUUUGAAUUCCUCAGCUAGUCUGGACCUGGGCCUCUUGUCGUCUUAUGCAACCACCAGCAGCUCUCAGCCAGAGAACCAUCGGAGGAGCCUGACUGGGUCAGAAUCUGAUGCUCAGAACCAGCCCAUCAAGUACUGCUGUAUUUAUCUCCCUGAUGGAACUGCCUCUCUGGCUCCGGUGCGGCCUGGUCUUUCCAUCCAGGAUAUGCUGUCUGGAAUUUGCCAGCGCCGGGGCCUCCACCUGCCAGAUGUUAAGAUUUAUCUUGUGGGGAAUGAAAAGAAGCCACUGGCACUGAACCAGGAGAGUUUAGUCCUGAUGGACCAGGAGGUGAAGCUGGAGACCAGGAUAAGCUUUGAACUGGAAAUCAUGCCCAUCAAUAAGAAAGUACGCAUUCUGGCAAAAUCUACCAAGAAUCUGCAAGAGGCACUGCAACCUAUUUUGGAGAAGUAUGGCCUAGAUGUUACACAGGUGCUAGUCCGACGGUCUGGUGAACCACACAAUCUGAAUAUGGAAGAGAAGGUGACCACAGUGGCUGCUCAGAAUCUGGUGCUGGAGUCAGAUGCAGAGAUGAAACUGGCUGGUGUUGGAAAUGCUGAAGCGAGCGCCUCUAGUGAGCAGAGUGAGGAGGACAAUUUGACAGAGGCAGAGGCUGAGAAUGAACCACUCCCAGAUAUGUCCUGCUCCUUUGCCAGGCCCUCUAAAAGUAAUGAGAAUCGGCGCACAUAUGAUUUGGAAGGGCUAGUGGAGCUCCUAAACCGGGUCCAGAACACCAGAGUCAAUGACCAGCGUGGGCUAUUGUCCAAAGAGGAUCUAGUACUGCCAGACUUCCUCCAGGUGCCUGAACAAAGUGGCAUUUCUUGCCCAGACCACUCUUCACCCAGCUUGGACCAAGAGAAGGAAUGCACACCUAAGGUCCCAGUUGCAGAUUCUGCCACUCGGUCUCUGGAACAGUCACAACAAUCCCAGGCUGUUCCUGUUUUGAAGAUGCAAACACAAAGUCCGUCAUCACCAUCAUUGCCAUCAUCAUCAUCAUCAUUGGGUACUGCUGGAAAACCUUCAGCUAUGUGAUCUAUGCCAAGAACCUGCCCCCAUCCUGGCUCUUUCUAAGACGUCUUCUCUGCCUCUUCCUUGGCAGAGCUUUGAAAACUUAUUUUUGGGCCCUCAAUCCAUAGAAACCCUCAUCCACACUGGCUGGGGGAAUUCUGGGAGUUGUAGUCUUAAAAAAUAACAUUUUGUCCAUGCAUGGAGGCGAGAUCAUUUGUAUUCAUUGUCUAUUAUAUCCUAUCAUGACUUGCCUCACACAAGACUUCUCUUCUGGUUUAAGAAUGUGGCUUAAGGCCCAGCAAGGGCUCACAUACAGCUCUAGGGAACAAUCAUCUCCCUGCCCUGCUGCUGCCUGUCUUCCAAGAAUGGACAUGGGUUCUCCCAGUGUUUCAGAAAUCUUUCCACCCCCUCCCACCUUGACACUGCCCGUACUGGACAGAGCAGAAUAUGACCAGUGUUGCUCAUUUGCUAAACCAGACUAUUGUAAGGUGUUGCUUUGUGUUGUAAAACAACUGCCCGUGACUGCUCCAGUGGCAACCAGCACCCCUGUCGCUAGUGGUAUGAUGAUGCCUGCCCUGUAUAUAGUUUGUAAUUUUCAGUAUUUGUAAAAUGUAAGAUACACUGUGGAUUAAAUCGUGUCUCUGUG